AGCUGUGAACAGGCCCCAGGCGCGGCUGAUGAGCCUGCCCACCAUGGCAAGCCCCACUCUGAGCCCUGACUCCUCAUCCCAGGAGGCCCUGUCGGCCCCCACCUGCUCCCCCACCUCCGACUCCGAGAACCUCAGCCCCGAUGAGCUAGAGCUGCUGGCCAAGCUCGAAGAGCAGAACCGGCUCCUGGAGGCCGACUCCAAGUCCAUGCGCUCCAUGAAUGGCUCACGGCGGAACAGCGGCUCCUCGCUGGUGUCCAGCUCCUCAGCCUCCUCCAACCUGAGCCACCUGGAGGAGGACACGUGGAUCCUGUGGGGCCGGAUCGCCAACGAGUGGGAGGAGUGGCGGCGCAGGAAGGAAAAGCUGCUCAAGGAGCUGAUCCGCAAGGGCAUCCCGCACCACUUCCGGGCCAUCGUGUGGCAGCUCCUGUGCAGUGCCACCGACAUGCCUGUCAAGAACCAGUAUUCAGAGCUGCUCAAGAUGUCCUCGCCGUGCGAGAAGCUGAUCCGCAGGGACAUCGCCCGCACCUACCCUGAGCACGAGUUCUUCAAGGGCCAGGACAGCCUGGGCCAGGAGGUCCUCUUCAACGUCAUGAAGGCGUACUCGCUGGUGGACCGGGAGGUGGGCUACUGCCAAGGCAGCGCCUUCAUCGUGGGCCUUCUCCUCAUGCAGAUGCCCGAGGAGGAGGCCUUCUGCGUGUUCGUGCGGCUGAUGCAGGAGUACCGCCUUCGGGAGCUCUUCAAGCCCAGCAUGGCCGAGCUGGGGCUGUGCAUCUACCAGUUCGAGUACAUGCUGCAGGAGCAGCUCCCGGACCUCAACACCCACUUCCGCUCCCAAAGCUUCCACACAUCCAUGUACGCCUCGUCCUGGUUCCUCACGCUCUUCCUGACCACCUUUCCCCUGCCCGUCGCCACCCGGGUCUUCGACAUCUUCAUGUACGAGGGCCUGGAGAUUGUGUUCCGGGUGGGCCUCGCCCUGCUGCAGGUGAACCAGACGGAGCUGAUGCAGCUGGACAUGGAGGGCAUGUCCCAGUACUUCCAGAGGGUCAUCCCCCACCAGUUUGACAGCUGCCCAGACAAGCUGGUCCUCAAGGCCUACCAGGUCAAGUACAACCCCAAGAAGAUGAAGAGGCUGGAGAAGGAGUACGCAGCCAUGAAGAGCAAGGAAAUGGAGGAGCAGAUCGAGAUCAAAAGGCUUCGGACGGAGAACCGGCUCCUGAAACAGCGGAUUGAGACGCUGGAGAAGGAGAGCGCUGCUCUGGCUGAUAGGUUGAUCCAGGGGCAGGUGACACGGGCGCAGGAGGCGGAGGAGAACUACGUUAUCAAGCGGGAGCUGGCGGUGGUGCGGCAGCAGUGCAGCUCGGCAGCGGAGGACCUGCAGAAGGCGCAGAGCACCAUCCGGCAGCUGCAGGAGCAGCAGGACAACCCGCGUCUCACUGAGGACUUCGUGGCCCACCUGGAGACAGAGCUGGAGCAGUCGAGGCUGCGGGAGACAGAGACGCUGGGGGCCCUGCGGGAGAUGCAGGAUAAGGUUCUAGACAUGGAGAAGAGGAACAGCUCACUGCCCGACGAGAAUAAUGUAGCGCGGCUGCAAGAGGAGCUGAAGGCGCUCAAGUUGCGGGAGGGCGAGGCGGUGGCCUCGGCGCGAGAGCUGAAGCUGCAGCUGCAGGAGCUCUCGGACACCUGGCAGGCCCAUCUGUCCCGCGGCGGCCGCUGGAAGGAGUCCCCACGGAAGCUGGUCCUGGGCGAGCUGCAGGACGAGCUGAUGAGCGUACGUCUACGCGAGGCCCAGGCCCUGGCCGAGGGCCGCGAGCUGCGGCAACGCGUGGUGGAACUCGAGACGCAGGACCACAUCCACCGCAACUUGCUGAACCGAGUGGAGGCUGAGCGCGCGACGCUGCAGGAGAAGCUGCAGUACCUGUCGGCGCAGAAUAAGGGGCUGCAGACGCAGCUCAGCGAAAGCCGCCGCAAGCAGGCCGAGGCCGAGUGCAAGAGCAAGGAGGAGGUGAUGGCUGUGCGCCUGCGGGAGGCGGACAGCAUGGCCGCGGUGGCCGAGAUGCGGCAGCGCAUCGCCGAGCUGGAGAUCCAGAGGGAGGAGGGCCGCAUCCAGGGCCAGCUGAACCACUCGGACUCGUCGCAGUACAUCCGUGAGCUCAAGGACCAGAUCGAGGAGCUGAAGGCCGAGGUGCGGCUGCUGAAGGGCCCGCCGCCCUUCGAGGACCCGCUGGCUUUCGACGGGCUGAGCCUGGCGCGGCACCUGGACGAGGACUCGCUGCCGUCGUCGGACGAGGAGCUGCUUGGUGUAGGCGUGGGCGCCGCGCUGCAGGACGCGCUGUACCCUCUGUCCCCGCGGGAUGCGCGCUUCUUCCGCCGUCUUGAGCGGCCGGCCAAGGACAGCGAGGGUAGCUCAGACAGCGACGCCGACGAGCUAGCCGCGCCUUACAGCCAGGGCCUGGACAACUGAGGCCGUGCCCCGCGCGCCCAGAGGCAGAAGGCCGCAGCCGGGGGGCGCCCGAGAAGUCCGUGGCUGCGCCAUCUGUGUGUGGCUCAGUCACCCCUAGGGCGAGGCUGGGCCAGGCAGCGCAGAGGGUGGGGCCCGGCCUGGGGCUUCUCCCUGCAGUGUUGACCCACCUUGGGGGUUCCUGGAGGGGCUGCCCUCUUAACAGCGAGGGCAGAGGGCAGGGGACGGACGACUCAGCAGCAGCCCCAGGACUGAAUGAGCAGGAAGUUCCCCCUCCCAGCAGGCUCCUUUUGGGACAAGGGUGGCCCAGCUGGGAAGGGCCUAGGAGGUAGGGGAGGCCUGAGGAUGGAGAGCCAGCUCUGGGCUGGACAUUAAGCACCCCACGAUGCUCCUUGGGACACAGAGACCCUUGACCAGCCCCUGGCCGCCUCCAGGGGAGUCUGGCCGCUGGGGCAGGCAUCGUGGCCCCUGCAGCAGAAACCAAAGUCCCCUACUGUGUGCAGGGCCACCUGGGGUGUGAGUGGCCAGCAGGAAGCAGCCCAGGCCCUGGCAGAUCUCCUGCUUCUCUGAGGCCAGAGCAGCCGCGAGGAGGUGGAGAGACCCUGGCGCGCCACACCCUCCUGCGGGAGACACUCGCAUCGCCCAUCUUGGCCAGUGACGGAAGGGCACCACUCCACGGGGGUCCUUGGCCUCCAUCCACUCCCCUCUCUCCGUGUGUCCCCAGCCACCCCCCACCUCAGGCCAGGGCCAGACCCCAGGGCAGGAGCUUCCCAGUGGAGUCUGCUGCCCCCCCUUCUGGUGGCCCCGUGGUCCCUGCUGAGUCAGAGCUCAGAAUGGUGCCAAAGUCCAACGCCGCCCCCCAGACCCCUCCUCUCCCCCCACCCUGGGCCUCCUGACCCCCAGGCCGGCCCUCUCGGUGCUCGGUGCUCGUGGAGCCUCGAGUAAAGUAGCGUCACAAGCAAUCUCCCUGGCGCUUCCUGGGGUGGGGACUCCUGCUCAGUCCCCCUUUCUGGUCGCCCACUCUUCAGUGUUACACAGCCUGGGGGCCAGGGCGGGCACCCGUGGGGCUCUCCCAUGGGCUCCCAUACUGCCCCCACCAUUUUGCACACUGCCUGUUCACACUCCACAUGUCGCCCAGGCGGGAAAGAUGGAAAAUAAAGUGUAUUUACACAGUCUC